UUGGCAAAUUGGGACCAACUCCAAUUUCCUUCCAACCCAUCAUCAUCUAUCUCUCUCUCUCUCUACCCCCUCAGUCUGUCAACCUGUGAACAAUGACGGGUGGUUCUGUGGCGGUUCUCGGCGGAACUCCACCGCCGAUUCAGCCAUUAACCCCUACCAGAUGUUCCUGCAAUAAUGGCAGAGUUUUUCUUCAUCAUCCCCAUUUCUCAAAUCCCUCCAUUCUUCCCCUAAAAAGAUCACCUUUUAACACUCUCAAACUGGGUGCCCCUUCUUCUUCUUCUGUAAAUCCCUCUUUUCGACUGAAAAAAAGAUCAAGAUUCAGACCCAAAAACCCUGCUCUAGAUUCCGAUAUCCCCAGCCCUAUUCAUCAAGAAGACAAUGACCAAGAAGAGAUAAGUAAAAAGAAUUUACAGCAAUGGGAUUCUUUGACCGCAAAGUUCGCCGGAGCUGCAAAUGUCCCUUUUUUAUUGCUUCAAUUGCCUCAGAUUGUACUCAAUGCUCGUAAUCUUAUUGCCGGAAACAACGCUGCCCUUUUUGCUGUUCCAUGGCUGGGAAUGUUCACUGGCCUUCUUGGGAAUCUUUCUUUGCUAUCUUACUUUGCAAAGAAGAGGGAAACAGAAGUGGUGGUGGUUCAAACUUUGGGAGUUGUAUCAACAUAUGCAGUCAUCACCCAACUAGCCAUGGCUGGAUCUAUGCCAUUGCCACAGUUUGCUGCAACUUCAAUAGUGGUUGCUUGUGGUCUUCUUAUUAAUUUCUUGUAUUUCUUCAAGUUGCUGAAUCAUAUAAUUUGGAACUUUUGGGAGGAUUUCAUCACUGUUGCUGGCCUAUCAGCACUUCCUCAAGUUAUGUGGUCAACCUUUGUACCUUAUGUUCCAAAUAGUAUCUUGCCUGGGAUAGUUUCGUUUCUGAUGGCAGUGAUUGCUGUUGUUAUGGCUCGAAUCGGCAAACUUCCAGAGAAGGCCACCAAAUUUGUUGGAUCAGUAUCUGGAUGGACUGCUACACUUCUCUUCAUGUGGAUGCCUGUUGCACAAAUGUGGACAAACUUCUUGAAUCCUGAUAACAUCAGAGGAUUGUCAUCUAUCUCGAUGCUACUUGCCAUGAUGGGAAAUGGACUUCUGAUCCCUCGUGCACUCUUUGUCAAGGAUCUCAUGUGGUUCACUGGUUCAUGUUGGGCGUCUUUCUUCUAUGGAUGGGGAAACCUUAUAUGCAUGUACUUUUGUGAAAGUAUCAGCAAGGAGUUCUUCUUGGGUGCAACAGUAGGCUUAUUUCUUUGGACAGGGUUUGCGCUAUGGAGGGAUACGAAUGCGUAUGGCCACGAAUCGCCACUUACUUCUUUAAAGGUGUUAUUUUUUGGUCCUUAGAGCAUUCACACUCAUAUGAUGUGCUUCAAAUCUUCUGUGGAGGUGCUUGGAAAAUUCGAUGAUGGAUUGCCAUGGCAUCAAAAUACUCCCUCCGUUCCAAAAUCAGUGUCCACAUUUUUAAUUAAAAUUUAUUUCCAAAUAAUUGUCCAGUCUUGAAAUAAAUAGUUAAAAUUUACCAAAUUUCCAC